ACCGCCCCCGCCCUUGCCCGACCUGCUCGACGACGUCGACGCCAACCAAUUCCUGGACGACAUCUCGAACGACUGAACGAGUUCAGCAAUUUGUCGGCGGAACUGAACCCGCCCGACGCGGUCGAACACGGCCCGGCGAUGGACAAGGCGCUCCUCAGUCCGAUCGACGUGCACCAGAGGCCGCCCUGGCACGGGGUGCCGCCGCCCAUGCCGCCCUCGAUGGCGUUCAAUAUGGGCAUGCCGCCAGCGGCUAUGAUGGGCGGAAUAAACAGAAUGGAUAUGAACAAUCCCCCAACGCCAGGCCUCCUGCCCACGCCCACAAUGAACGGACCUCCUCCUCCCAUGCUACAGCCUCCCCAGCCGCCCUGGAUGGACGGCCCACCUCAUUGGAACCACCACGCCCACCAAACUCCGCCACGUUACGGCGAUCAUCCGCUAGACGGUCCCCCGUACUUGCCCGAAGACAACUUACCGUAUUUCCCCGACGAGAAUCCGUACUAUCCCGAAGAUAACCCGUACUAUCCCGAAGAUAACCGAUACGGCUUCGACGAUAGCUUCGGCAUGGACAGGCAAGAGUUCAAUAUGAGCGGAGGGGGAGGAGCCUAUAGAAGGGACAGCUUUAGAGGCGGGUUCGGUAAUAAGAAUCAGGAUGGAUUCGGAUUCAGGGGGCGUGGCCGUGGAAAUAGAGCGGGAGGACGAGGUGGGAGGGGCAACAGACGAGCUAGAGGAAGAGGCGGGUUUAACAGAGGAGGGUUUUGAUUGGGAAGAUUGAAGAACCGAAAUGAAAUGUAAAUUGAAGAUAUUUUCGAGCAGUUCCGAUCUUUAGGUGGUAGGUAGUAAGAUGAUUUUUGAUUUUUUCCCUCGUUUUUUUUUAUCAAUAUUAAUAAUAAUAGUUGUGAAUUGGCACGAAGGAUUUUAUAUUUAAAAAAAGAUCCACAUUUUUUUCCAUUUAAAUGGUUUAAUGGAAGCUGUGACUAAUGUUCUUUUUUCUAUGAGCGAUAUGAUGUGUGUAUGAAAAUUAAAGAUAUAAAUUUAAACAAAUACAAACUGGUACAGUUGCUUGCUCAAUGUCACUGGUAAGAUCCGUAUCAAAUUAUGGGUUAUGUUUUAUCAAUUGAUUUAGAUUAAAUUUGACUUUGAAGCUAGUUUUUUUGCUUUGAAAUACAUACUACAUAAAAAAUCAACUUCCUUUGCUCUCAGGUAUCUGUCAAAUUUGACAGUAAUAACUGUCUUAUUGGCCGAAGUUUUUUUUUUAAUUUUGGAUAUACAGGGUUGUUCA